AUGGCGGACUCGCAAGUCGUUUGCGGCAUACUUGAUGAGAUGACUAGUAGUAUGACAUCAGUGCGAGAGUCGAUGCAAUCCCUCAAACAAAAAUUAACAACUGCAAAUGAGAUGGAUAUGAAGGACGGAAUCUCAUUGCUUUCACUCAAACACCAUCUGCUUCUGUCGUACUUGCAGUCGCUUGUCCUCCUCUCUGCACGCCGAGCAACUGGAGACUCGUUAACAGAGAGAACACCAACCAGUUCCCCCUUCAGUACAGUCGAUCGAGAGGCACGGGGCUCUGGCGCUGGCGAUCUGGUUGACUCUAUGAUAGAGGGUCGCGUUGUACUUGAAAAAAUAAAAGUCCUGGAAAGCAGGAUGCGAUACCAGAUCGAAAAGCUAGUCAGAGUUGCUGAAGAAGUACCUUCUGGCAAAGAUGUGGUCGAAGAUCCUCUCGCCUUCCGUCCAAAUCCCCAAAAUCUCGUCGACGAUGAGCAGCACUCCGACGAGGACCAAGACGCCCGUUCAGAUGUUGAAGACCCCGAUGGAAUAUACCGCCCUCCCAAGCUCGCACCCAUGCCCUACACGCGGAAGCCGCAACCGACAAGC